AUGGAGCUCGGCCUCGCCUCUUCCCGCGGCACAUUGCUCCCUGCCGCCGCUCCGCCGCUCGCAGCCCCGCGGUCCUCGCCGUCGCUUCAGAUCCAGAAUCACGUUUACUCGAUGCCAACUCUUCGUCACAAGGCUCAUACCACAGUAGCAUGUCAAGCUUCUCCAGCGACCAAAUACAUGGAGACACCUGAGGUAGUUGACUUGGACUGGGAGAACCUCGGCUUUGGCCUUGUCAAUACCGACUUUAUGUACAUGGCAAAAUGCGGCCCUGAUGGAAACUUUUCCAAAGGAGAGAUGAUGCCGUUUGGACCUAUAGCACUGAGCCCUUCUGCUGGAGUCUUAAAUUAUGGACAGGGGUUGUUUGAGGGCCUAAAAGCAUAUAGGAAGACUGAUGGGUCUGUCCUGUUAUUUCGUCCAAAGGAGAAUGCCAUAAGGAUGAUAAAUGGUUCAGAUAGGAUGUGCAUGCCUGCACCAACUGUUGAGCAAUUCGUGGAUGCGGUCAAACUAACCGUUCUGGCAAAUAAAAGAUGGGUCCCUCCUACUGGUAAAGGUUCUCUGUAUAUUAGACCGCUACUUAUCGGAAGUGGGGCUAUUCUUGGUCUUGCACCUGCUCCUGAGUACACUUUCAUUAUUUAUGUAUCCCCUGUUGGGAACUACUUCAAGGAAGGUUUAGCUCCUAUUAAUUUGAUUAUCGAAGAUAACUUCCACCGUGCUGCCCCCGGUGGAACUGGAGGAGUGAAAACCAUUGGAAACUAUGCGUCGGUGUUGAAGGCGCAGAGAACUGCGAAGGAGAAAGGAUAUUCUGAUGUCCUCUAUUUGGAUGCCGUCCACAACAAAUAUCUGGAAGAAGUUUCUUCAUGCAAUAUUUUUGUUGUGAAAGGCAAAACUAUUUCUACUCCAGCAAUAGAAGGAACGAUACUGCCUGGUAUAACAAGGAAAAGUAUUAUAGAAGUUGCUGAGAGCAAAGGCUACAAGGUGGAGGAACGCCCUGUGUCAGUAGAUGAAUUACUUGUUGCUGAUGAAGUAUUCUGCACGGGAACAGCGGUCGUGGUUUCUCCUGUGGGGAGCAUCACGUAUCUCGGGAAAAGGGUAGAGUACAAGGGCAACCAAGGAGUUGGUGCGGUGUCGCAGCAGCUGUAUACCUCGCUGACGAGCCUCCAGAUGGGUCUUGCAGAAGAUCGGAUGGGCUGGACCGUGCAACUGAAUUAGUAUUCGCAUGACCGAUCUUCAGUCUGACAGAUUUCCAGAACACGGCAAUUCUUUCGUUCACUGUCCGCGAAGAGAAAUGUAAACGUAACUGCUCAGCUAGUCAUAGAAUUGCUGGACACGGGAAUUCAGUUCCUCUGUCCUCUCAGCUUUUUUCACAAUAAUAAAUUUCACAUGGUUGUAAACUA